AUGGCCGCUGAAAAGGAUGAAGUUGCCGUUGUAGAGGCACAACCGCAACAUCAGCGUCUUUCCACAUGGCGAUAUAACUCACCUUUUGUCCAGACCAUCAUCGUCGGCUUCGUGCUGUUCUGCAACCCUGGAACGUAUCUCGCCAUCACCGGUCUCGGCGCUGGAGGCAAGCAGCCGCAGCUGAUUGGUAUCGUUAACAAGGCCAAUGUCAUUCUGUACUGCUUGUUUGGAGCGUCCGGUAUCUUGGGAGGUAGCAUUAUCAACAAGAUCGGACCGCGAUGGGCAUUGAUGAUUGGAGCUACGGGUUAUCCCAUGUAUGCGGGAUCUCUGUGGUGGAUUGAUAAAGGCGAAGGCUCCUGGUUUGUUCUCUUUGGUGGUGCUUGGCUGGGUCUGUCCGCAGGUCUGCUCUGGUCCACGCAAGGCUACAUCACGACAUGCUAUCCUACUGAGGCGGACAAGGGCAAAUACAUCGCCACGUCAUGGGUUCUCAAUGCCAUGGGUUCAGUUGUCGGAGCGGCCAUCGUCCUGGGCGUCACUAUCAACAACACCUCCGUCUCCGGAGUGCCGUCGUCCGUCUACAUCAUCUUCAUCUGCCUCGAGUGCGUCGGUCUCCUGCUUGCCGGCCUGCUGCUCGACCCGUCCAAGCUUCGACGCAACGAUGGCCGCCCAAUCGCCUCGUUCACGCCUCUUCCAUGGCACCAGGAGCUCAAGGCUCUCGCUCUGACAAUGCUGGAGCCCAAGAUGGCGCUGAUCACGUUGUCCAUCUACAGCAGCGAGAUGUACCUGUCGUUGACGGGAGCCUUUAACGCGUGGUACUUUAACGCCAGAACAAGAUCCCUGGCCAAUUUCUGCUACUGGAUCCUCCAAGUUCUGGGUGCUCUCGCCAUUGCCUGGGUCUGUGAUGCCUCAAUCUUUGGAUCCCGUCGACGCCGAGCCUUUGUUGCCGGAGGCUUCGUGGCCUUCGUUAUUGGAGGAACAUGGAUCGCCAUGGUUUCCUUCCUGUCCGUCAACGACAUCGACCGAAGCGAGACCCCGAGAGCCGUUGACUGGACCGAGACGAGCAAGUUUGCCGGCCCAUUCGUCAUCUACAUUCUCUUUGGCGCCUGCUACCCCAUCUUCCAAAACUUCCACCACUGGACAUACAGCACCUUUUCCAACGAGCCGCACGUUCUGGGACGCUACAGUGGAUACUUUAAGGGAUUCCAGGCAUUUGGCACGGCGACGGCGUUUGGUAUCGACACUCACGGCGUGCAGUUCAUCAGAGAGGCCGGCGCCUACUUUGGCAUGAUGAUGGUGGGACUGAUCCUGACAAUGAUCAGCAUCUACUUUUACACAACCAACACCAAGUACGGUCAGGAAGAGGGCGUGGUGAUUCCCGAAGCGUUUGAGGACGUGGUUGACGAGCACGUCGAGGAGAGUCACGACAAGUCUCUGGACCAGAGCGAGACGACGGGCUCACAGAAGGAUUAA